CUCUACCUCUCUUGCUACCUGGACCUUCUUCCCCUUUAUCCAUCUCCGUGACGCCCCAAGCUGCUGCCGCUUGCAGCAGCAUCGGAAAUCAGUGAUGGUUUGGUUCAAGCGAAUGGGUAUCUAUAUACACAAGCUUUCGUAGCCAGAACUACGGGAGGGGAUACGAGUUCCGGAUCGAUUUUCCGUUGUUGUUGUAGUUGGCAGGGGCACUGCCCAGUGGCUCAUUGGUACAAUUUUUGUCAUACCUAGAGUCCUAGACUAUAUUAUUCCCAUUUUACUCUUUCAAUCCAGUACUUGUUCCCUGUAAGAAUUUACACUGCUUUGAUCUCAUCCCUGGAAGGUGAAGGCGCAACGAGCGAUUAGUUUCAGAAUCACGGUUUAGCUGUCAAAGAUGGACCAAACGAGUGUCGCGGCGAGUCUUGAUCCGAGAGCGAAGGCCACCUUGGUUCUCGGAGGAGAAUCGUUCGCGGUCAGCUCUGAAUCCGGUACCCUGUCGGAGCAGCUGGCCGUGAUGAGGGAGAAGACCAUGGCGAUCCUCAAGGAAUACAUCACCAAGCACAAUGCUCCGAACGAUGUCCCUGAUGAAUCCAUCGAGGGCUCAUCUGAUGAGGAAGGCCAAGCGCUUGCCAAAAACCCACCCAAGAAAUCUAAGAAGCAGAAGUGAUCAUCCUCAUCUGAUUUAGCACUCCUUUUCGUAGCCCCCUUGCAAACAUCCAAGUGCAAGCUGUUGAACCUUGCUAGAUAUUCCUUAGGCUCUAGCUGCUUGUGUAAGAAGUUGCUGCUGGUAUAUGUGCAAACGACGCUCGAUGUUAUCUGUUGGUGUACGCAUGACAAGUCAGCCUCUUUUAAUGUGACCCAUUUGUUAGAUGUUUUGCCUUCAAGAGAAUAUAGAAAGCUACAGAUCAAGAGUUUUGGGCUCUUGCAUCUGUUAUCGUA